AUGCAGCGGGCGGCGGCGCUGGUCCGGCGGGGCUGCUGCCCCCGGACCCUCGGCCCCUGGGGCCGUAGUCAGAGCAGCGCGGCCGCCGAGGCCUCGGCGGUGCUCAAAGUGCGGCCCGAGCGGAGCCGGCGCGAGCGCAUCCUUACGCUCGAGUCCAUGAACCCGCAGGUGAAGGCGGUGGAGUACGCGGUGCGGGGACCUAUCGUGCUCAAGGCCGGUGAGAUCGAGCUCGAGCUGCAGCGGGGUAUCAAAAAACCAUUCACUGAGGUCAUCCGUGCCAACAUCGGGGAUGCCCAAGCCAUGGGCCAGCAGCCAAUCACCUUCCUCCGACAGGUGAUGGCAUUGUGCACCUACCCGAACCUGUUGGACAGCCCCAGCUUCCCAGAAGAUGCAAAGAAACGAGCCCGGCGGAUCCUACAGGCUUGCGGCGGGAACAGCCUGGGGUCUUACAGUGCUAGCCAGGGCGUCAACUGUAUCCGUGAAGAUGUAGCUGCCUACAUCACCAGGAGAGAUGGCGGUGUACCUGCAGACCCGGAUAACAUUUACCUGACCACUGGAGCUAGUGACGGCAUUUCUACAAUCCUGAAGAUCCUGGUCUCCGGGGGUGGCAAGUCACGGACAGGCGUGAUGAUCCCCAUCCCACAGUACCCCCUCUACUCAGCGGUCAUCUCCGAACUCGAUGCCAUCCAGGUGAACUAUUACCUGGAUGAGGACAACUGCUGGGCUCUGAAUGUGAACGAGCUCCGGCGGGCCCUGCAGCAGGCCAAAGAGCACUGUAACCCCAAGGUGCUGUGCAUCAUCAACCCCGGGAACCCCACAGGUCAGGUGCAGAGCAGAAAGUGCAUAGAAGAUGUGAUUCACUUUGCCUGGGAGGAGAAGCUCUUUCUCCUGGCCGAUGAGGUAUACCAGGACAACGUGUACUCCCCGGACUGCAAAUUCCACUCCUUUAAGAAGGUGCUUUAUGAGAUGGGGCCUGAGUACUCCAGCAACGUGGAGCUCGCUUCCUUCCAUUCCACCUCCAAGGGCUACAUGGGCGAGUGUGGCUACAGAGGAGGCUACAUGGAGGUGAUCAACCUGCACCCUGAAAUCAAGGGCCAGCUGGUGAAGCUGCUCUCGGUGCGUCUGUGCCCGCCAGUGUCUGGGCAGGCUGCCAUGGACAUCGUUGUGAACCCCCCGGUGCCAGGAGAGGAAUCCUUCGAGCAGUUCAGCAGGGAGAAAGAGUCCGUCUUGGGUAAUUUGGCCAAAAAAGCUAAACUGACAGAAGACAUGUUUAACCAAGUCCCAGGAAUUCACUGCAACCCUUUGAUGGGGGCCAUGUACGCCUUUCCUCGAAUCUUCAUCCCUGCGAAAGCCAUGGAGGCAGCUCAGGCCCAUAAGAUGGCCCCCGACAUGUUCUACUGCAUGAAGCUCCUGGAGGAGACGGGCAUCUGUGUCGUACCUGGCAGCGGCUUCGGGCAGAGGGAAGGCACCUACCACUUCAGAAUGACCAUUCUUCCUCCGGUGGAGAAACUAAAGACGGUUCUACAGAAGGUGAAGGACUUUCACAUAAAGUUCCUGGAGAAGUACGCAUGA